AUGGUUUAUCGAGCACGAGUUCUAAGAGGCUUAGCCUUCACUCAGAUGAUAUUUGGUUCUUCAAUGAUAGUAGCCGGUAUAACAAGCAUUUUAGGAGCUAUAGAUCACUGGUCUACUAAGGCUGGUUUUGGAAUAUGGGUUGGCAUUUGGGUGAGUAAAAUUAUUAACUUUCUAGGAUUUAAUUGUAUCAAGAGUAAUAUCUAGUAAGUACCUCAUAUUUAAGCUUACUUUUGCGUCACGUUUUUCAUUAAAUUCAUGGGACAUUUCUAUGACAAAAUAUGCAAUUCAUGAGAGUGAUUCUUCACUUGUUGUUUGUAAGACUCACGUUUUGAGUAAGUGAACAUGCAUUUCAGAACUCUUUCGGGACAUUCUCUACUGGAAACAAAUAAAUAAAAGGUUUAGUUUUCGGCAGAAAAAAACAAUACUGUUGCGUUGACAAAAAGUGAAAAAUACUGAGUUGAUUAAGUCUAUUUACCAUACGGUAUUAAUAAUAUUCAAAAGGUGACCUUUAAAGCGCUACUCCUUCGGUCCGACGAAGAGCUGGCUCGUGUUUGACAGCUAUAAGAGGCACAUCAACUCCCACUAUAGGUAAUUUGUGAAAAAUGAAUUUAGUUUUUAAGUUUGAAAAGCUGGGAUUUUCACCUUGCCUCUAUCAUCAAGCUUGGUUUUUAGGCGGCUCACAUCUGAAGGUGAAUUUGUGAACGGCACGACUUUAUUUAAGUAGCGUUCCCAUGGCAACUCUUCGGUGACGUCUUUGCUUUCACCACUUCAAUUUUUCAGACGAAAGAAACAUUUACUCGAUAAAUUAAGUCUUCUUGGGAGUAUCCUUUGGUUGGAAAGGAUGGUAAUUACAGUGGAAUAGCACUAAAUGAACACCAACGUAUGUAAAAAUUUAAAGCGGAAGUAAAUGAACUGUACGUGCGUAAACGCGUACGCGGACUUCCUGUUUGCACGUUUUUUUACUGGUGUAAGGUAAAUUUACGCAAAUUUCACGUACAUAGGGAAAAUAUGAAUUUGAUUUGAAUUGAAGGUAAAAACGAGAAUUUGGUUUUAUUAACUACUCGGGGCGGACUAUUUUACUUUUGAGGGGAGUAUGCGGUUAAUUGUAGAAAAAAAACAUCCUGCCGACUGAUUUCGAGGGAAAAAAAUUCUUGCAAGGAAAUACCUAGCGGAAAAAAUUUCCUACACUUUCAUGGCUUAUACUAUUUUACUUUUGAGGGGAGUAUGCGGUUAAUUGUAGAAAAAAAAUAUCCUGCCGACUGAUUUCGAGGGAAAAAAAUUCUUGCAAGGAAAUACCUAGCGGAAAAAAUUUCCUACACUUUCAUGGCUUAUAAUCCUGGAAAAAAAUCUUACACCGUUACAUUGUAUGUCGGGGAAAAAAAUCUAUCACCAGAGGUUUGGAGAAAAACAAAUUCUCACCGAAACCAAAUUACUAUAGUCCCCGCCUCCUUAACUCCACCCACCAAUUAACCCAUACCUUCCCCCCCGGACAAAAGUCAAAUGAAAAUUUAAAAGAAUGCAGACAAGAUCAUCACAUUUAAAUACGCAACUUAUGCAUUUGGGAAAUUAAACCUUCAUUUAUUUCUUUAUUUCGCUUUUCAAAAAUAUAUUAUUCAUAUAUUCAUUAUUUCUGGCUUAAUUGACUUAGAGCGGCUUCUGUCUUAUGACUGGGGGUCUACAAAAUACGAUACUGCUAUCGGCUGUGACAAUGCUCGAGGCAGUCACUCAGGGGACAGGUGUCAACAGCACUGCUUUUCAGACUAAUAAACGACUCGAAAUUAAUCUUUAAUUCCACAAUUUGGAAAGCUUCUUUCGUCAAUAUCAUUAUCUAUUAAAAAUUUCUCAUUUCAAACAAUGUAUCGAUUUUUUUACCUCCGAAAUAUUAAUGAAAAAUCUUGCUGAUUCCAAGUUGUGUCAUGUGAGUUGUAUUGUAUGCUGUUAGGUGCUGAUCAGUGGAUUGUUAGGGUGCAUUGGUGCAAAAGAUGUUACAAACCCAAAUAAAUGCAUGGUUAGUAUCCUUUCUAUUAUUUCAGAUCUUGUUUUGAAUGUACAAAACCUAACCCCACAAAGCCUAAGAAUCACCGCUGCCUGUUUAUCUGCGUGGAAGCCCUGGCUUUGAUCCCAACAAUGACAGCAAAGUAGAAGCUACCAGUUGGUUUGUUAAAUCAAGAGGUAGAGCGCUGCACCGGUAUUGCAGGGGUCACGGGUGCAACUCCUGUGCAAGCCUUUAUUUUUUUAAAGUUUCUUUUCGCUGUUGCAAAAAUUGCGUCCACAACGUCGUCCACAACUGUGAUAAAGUUCUUCACAUUUAAGAAAUGCCUUUUUUACAUUUAUGGUACUCCUUUUCUAGUAAAUCUAUAUAGUUCUAACUUUUGAGUAUGAGGACACGAAAUAUUCUGUUACGUUAUUGUGUGGCCAUUUAAAUAAAAAUCCUGUUCAACAGCGCAUACGCUACGUAAUAUUUUCCGUUUAUAUGGCAAAAUUAAUUUGGUAAUUAAAAUUUGCGAUAAUUCGUCAAAAUUUGAACUUGCUCUUUGCCAUCUAUUAAACUGGCAGUGUUAUUUAAUUCGCGACCAGAGUGGCACAGCAAACGAAUUAGAAGGGUAGCAAUAAAUUAUCAGGUGAUCUUUAUUAAUAGUGAUUUUUGCAUCUGUCCACAGAUUGGAUGUUUUAUGGGAUUCUCCAUCACUGCUUGUAUCAUUGCUGGAAUCAUGUUCAUCUGCUACUGCGUUACUCUUCAAGAGCUUUCCCACAUUAUUCAUUGCAGGGCUGAUGAUUUUUGGUGGAGUCUUGACACGUACUGUUACUCACGUUCUGAAAGAAACAAAGCCUCAUUUGGUUUAGAGGUGGGAUCUUGUCAACUGACAUUUUCCGUGGUGGUUUUCUUUGUUGCCCUCGCUUCAUCCAUCUACUGCUGCAAAGCAGUGUGCUGUGGAGUUCCUCCUGUAGGCGGAGUAAGUAGCAUAUAAUGAUUCUAUUUUCUCUAUCAUGGUAUUCGUUACUUCGCCCCGUAUAAGGGAAUCCAAGACAGUUUUGGAUUCUGAAUUCCACGCCCCCGGAUGCCGGGUUACAGGUAUUGGAUCCCAGUCUUUGUCAGGGGAAAAUUGAUUCUGUAUUCCAAUCGUUUGUGGGAUUCCGGAUUCCUUGAGCUGUGUUUUGGAUUUCAAAGCCCAGGAUUCGGGAUUCCACAAGCAAAAUUUUUCCCAGAUUUCGGAUUCCACAGGCAACAAUUUCCCGAAUUCCGGAGUUCACAUUCCAUAACAUGCGGCGAGUCACUUAUCGUGAACUGUGGUGCCUUUGUGUCGCCCUUUCUUACCCAUUGAUUUCAUUCGAAUAUGAUAAGGUUUUCUGUCAUGAUGAAAUUUAUAGGUCGGACUCGGAAUUAAAAUAAAAUUGGGAUCGGUUAACUAAUUACUGGCUCGAAGCUGACGUCUUCAGAUUUAAUGUACAUGGAAGCCUUUCGUUGCUUGAUCGUGCUUCUUAUCUCGACAAGUCACAGAACAGUACCAUUGAUAUCGAUGUCUUUGUGUUGGUAUCGAGUGCGGUUAUUUUUAAAUUUUCAUGUGUGAUAUAAACGAUUUGCAGGAAAAGUCAUUUAUAUUUUAAAAAGGGAUAAUUCUGUUAACAUUUUAGGUUGCCUCUCAGCAAGUGAUGUAUAUUCCUCCUCAACAAAUCUACCCAGGAGGCCAAGCUGGCGUUGUAGUUAUUCAACCAAGUGGUGUCAUAGCAAGUACUUCUCAUGGUUACCUUUUUGCUGCAGGACAGCAAACAGUCUUCUUACCUCCACUGGUAGCUAUUGCUUCUAGCUAACAAAAAACAAUUAUGUAACGAAAGUACCGUCGAUGAUUACAAUAGUUUUGUGUAAAUUUCAUCAACCGAUUCAAUACUAUGAACAUUAUUUUGGGAUGUUUUCUCAUAUGUACUAUCACUUAGCCGCGUUGGAAGUUUGUAUUGUACGUAACGGAACUAAGUUUCUCACCGUUCACCACGUCUCAGCUAGUAAGUUUCCCUCCUUUUCUCAUGUCACCCUUGAUUACAUUCAAAUAUCUGAAACCGUUUUUAACAGAAAGAAGCACGGGAGCAUGAGAGACCUCCACCAUAUUCCUACAGUGCAGGGAAUGGAAAUGCUCUACCAUCAACUGCGUCUCUAAGCGGUGCUGAUGAGGAUGUGCAUCUACCAUAUUCAUACAGUGAACAGACAAGCAAUGUCCCACCAUCAGCGGCGUCUGUAAGCGGUGUUACUGAGGAUGUGCAUCUACCAUAUUCAUACAGUGCACGGACAGGAAAUGCUCUACCAUCAACGGCGUCAGCAAGCGGUGUCACUGAGGUUGUGCAUCUACCAUAUUCAUACAGUGCGCGGACAGGCAAUGUCCCACCAUCAGCGGCGUCUGUAAGCGGUGUUACUGAGGAUGUGCAUCUACCAUCUUCAUACAGUGCACGGACAGGAAAUGCUCUACCAUCAACGGCGUCAGCAAGCGGUGUCACUGAGGUUGUGCAUCUACCAUAUUCAUACAGUGCGCGGACAGGCAAUGUCCCACCAUCAGCGGCGUCUGUAAGCGGUGUUACUGAGGAU